CGGAUCCCUCCUCCCUCUUCCUCCUUUCGUCGCAGUCCCCUCCUUCCUCGACAUCAUCCUCCCCCUCCCUCCCUUCUUCUCCCUCCUCCCUCUUCCCCUCGUUCGUUGCAGCCCCCCGCCUCGUGGCACGUGGCAACACCCCCCACGCCUUCUUCGCAGCUCCUCCCCUUCCCCGACACCAUCCUCCUUCUCCUCCUUCCUCCGUGUUCCCCCUUCGUCGCAGCUCCUCCCCCUUCCACGACACCCAUUCUCCUCCUCCCGUUGAAAAUCUUGAUAUAGUAGGUUAUUGUAUGCGAUCUUGGCAAUUGAUGUUGAAAAUCUUGAUAGAGUAGGUUAUUUUUUAUAUUCUCUGAUUACAGGUGGCAUGUUAGUUAUUGGGUAUGCUGAUCAUCCUUUUGACACCGUUAAUUUUAAUCUCACAUGUCUGCAUUUUGUUAUAAAAUGUUUUCCUAAUUGCCUAUUUCUUUUUUGCUCGUGUUUUCUGGAGGAAAGGAAAGCUAUAUAGUGUAGUAGGACUUGUAGAUAAUCUUCUCUCUAGAAUAUGGCAUAGUUUAUUUUCCUCUUUGUUUGACAUUUCAUGAUGUUCUUGGUACCCGUCCUUUUAGGUUUUGAUGUAUGUGGUCGCCCAGUAUAUUUAUUUUUAUUAAAUGGUAAAAAAUAAUAUUUAUUUAAAUUAUGAUAAGUUAGAAGUUGAAAUAGUCUACACAGGAUUGACUUCUUAAUAUGGACAAGAAUUACUUGGCUUUUUAUUGAUGCUCAAUUUACAUUUAUGAUUGGGAUAACAAUAAUUCGAUGCAAUAAUAAUUGUUUCAUCUAUUAAGUUUCAAGAUUUUUUUUCUGAUUAAAAUGUAUAUUCAGAUCAAAGCUCAGCACAGUUUAAUUGGUCUGAAAGCAGUUGCAGAUGACCUAAAAAUUCUCUAAAAUAUAUAUUGGUUUGAUGUUUGAUAGUUGUUGGUUCAUGGCUUAUAAAAAGCUUGAAAUAAAAGUUUACAAAGAUUAUGAUGUAUAAGUGACAACACCCAAAAGUUUAGUUGCAUAAGUUGGAAAUAUGGUUGAUCUUGUGUCCGCAAGCUAACCAGGUUUAUAGCUAUGGAAUUUGGAUUAAAUUAAUCAUUCUAACUAAAAAGAUACAGAAUAAGAUCCUCCUCUUUUGGUUCUGUUAUAGGAUCCAAUGAGCAAGAUGAGAUUUGGCAUUUAUUAGCAUCAAUGUCAUCGUCAGAGGUGGCAUCUUUUAUUACAAUACGUAGUAGGAAGACAUUAUUCUUUUCAAAUUCUGGAUUAAUUCUUCCUGAAUAAUAUAUUUUUAGCUUAUCUAUAUUGAGAUAUUUUUCCAAGCAUAUAAUUUGGUAAUUUCAUCUAAAGCUGGUCUUUAUGUUCUUUUAGAAAUUAUGUUGAAAUCUAUUUUUUCUAAUUUGGUAAAGUUUAACUCUGGCAAAUCGAAGCAUACAUUGUUGCCUGCAGUAGUUCUACACUGCCAAAGGGAGUUGCCUAACCAUUUACUUUCUUUUUUCUUAUGAAUGUUUUAAGCUGAAAUUGUCGACGGCUUUAGAGAGGCCCUAUGAAGGAUUUCAUUCAGUAUAUUGUGUGUAGCAAUAAUAUUGGGUUGGUGUUUUUGCUGGUGACUCACUCUGAUGAGACCUUGGUUCGAAGGGUUGCUGGUAGACUGGUAUGGGGCUGGACCUCUAUGGCAGUCCUGGCGGCUGGUGCAUCUAGGGGCAUUGUGUUACUAUGGUAGCAAUAAUGUUCUGGUGCUUUCUGCCCAAACCCUCUUUGUGCAUGCCGUAGUUCAAUUUAAAACUUGGGUCCUUGGAUUUUAAUGGGCAUUUAUGCAAGUGUUUCUUUAAAUAGUCGAAACCGUCUAUGGAAUGCUUUGGGCUUUAUUGAUUUACAUGAGAUUCUGUGGUUGGUUCUCUGCGAUUUUAAUUAUUUAUCUUGUGCUGAUAACAAACUUGGUGGUCGAAAUUUUUCGUAUUGUUCCUCUAUUAGAUCUUAUAAUCAAUUUCUCUCAAAUGUUGGCCUUUAUAAUCUUGGUUUUAUGGGUCCGAAGUACACCUGGUGUUAUAUCGCCAAGGUAGUCCUAGGAUCUGGGUUUGUCUUGAUCUGGUUUAUGCAAACUCCAAUUGGUUAAAUGUGUUUGGUAGCUCUGUUGUUAAGCACUUGCCUAGAGCUAACUCUGACCAUUGUCCUAUUUUAUUAUCUAUUACCUCUCAACGCAUGCAUUCAUGUAGACUUUUUAAAUUUCAUUGUUUUUGGGUUGAGUACAAUAAGGUCUGUGACGUUCAACAUGUUUGGAAUGUUGAUUCUUGUAGUGGGGUCCGAUGCAGGUCAUUUUGGGUAAUUUAGGUAGGCUUAGAGGGUUUUUGUCCUUUUGGAAUAAAAACUAUCUUGGUGAAAUUGAGGAUGCCUUAGGUCCGCGACUUUUUUUGUCAUUUCAACCCCUUCCUUUGCUUGUCUUAUUAAUGGUUUAUCUUUUCAAUAUUUCAAGAGGGAGAGGGGUAUCAAACAAGGUGAUCCUCUUUCCCUUUAUUUUUAUAUCAUUGUGACUCAAAUCUUGACUUAUUUAUUGAAUGAUGCUUGUGAUAAAAAGUUGAUCACUCUUUUCUAUUUUAAGAGAGAAUUUAAAGUAUGCCACUUAAUAUAUGUGAAUGAUAUCUUGCUUUGCUUUUGGGCAAACGAACGGUCUUGUGAAUCUAAUAGACACAUCUUCCAUGUUUAUGAGUUUCUCACUAAUGAGAAAAUCAAUGUCUUUAAAUCUGAAAUUAUUUUUCCCUAGGAAAACUAUUAGGGGGGUGAGGCGUGAGAUUUGUAAUAUGUUGUAUAGAGAGGGCCAGUUACCUUUGAAGUAUCUUAGAGCGUUGAUUGCACCUAAGAGAGUUAGCAAGUCGGAUCUUAAUUGUGUUGUUCAAUCGACUAUUGACAAAAUUGGGUCUUGGUAGGUAAAUCUCCUUCCACAAGCUAGUCAGCUUAUGUUAAUUAAUUAUGUUCUCAAUUCUAUUCUGUCACACACAAUCAGUAUUACUUUGAUGCCUAAUUCUAUUCGAGAUGGGGUUAUGAAGUCUAUUAGAAAUUUUUUGUAGGGUAAGAAUACUGGUUUAUGUGGUUUGCAUCUCAUCGUUUGGGAUAAGGUUAUAUUGCCUAAGGAUGACGGUGGUUUGGAUAUUAAAGAUUUGAACAUCAUGAAGUCUGCUUUGCAGGGUAGGAGGAUUCUAUAGUAUUUGAAUAGGUCUAAUGGUCUUUGAAUCGAUGUGGGUAGGACUAAAUAUGGGGACAUUGAUCGUUGGAAUAUUCACUAUUCCAUAAGGAUAGCUAGAGCUUGAGGUUUUUUUACGGCCCUUGAGAAAUUAUGGAAUGGUUUUCCUAAAUUCGUGAGUAGUGGAUCUUCUAUUAGAGCUUUUAUCAAUCUAUGAAUUCUGAAUACUCCUUUUUGUUAUACACCAUCAGUUUGUGAUGUUUUCGAAUUGCAUGAUACUUGUAUGGUCUCUGAUAUAUUGAUAGAUAGAUGCUAGAAUGUGGAUAAGUUGAACUAUUGAUUUGGGAAUGUUUUGACUAGUGUUAUCUGCCAGAUUGAUGUAUCUCUUGUGCCACUUGGUGAAUUUUCACUUUGGCAGUCUGAUGCGAAGGGUGUGAUUUAUGCUAAAUCUGCCUACAAGUAUUUGCAUUGCCAGGUGGGUUUGUCUAUUGGACAGGAGGAGGGCUGGUGGUGUUGUUUGUGGAGGCUGCCAGUAUUGCCUAGAAUCAACGGUUUUUGCUGGAAGCUUCUGCACCGCCGCCUCCCUAUGUCUGAUAGACUUGCUCGCCUGGUAGUAUGCAAUGCUGCUUUGUAUCCUUUUUGUUUGUUGGAAUCUGAAUCUAUCUCUCGUAGCUUUUUCCUUUGUAAUUUUGCGGCUGAUUAAUGGAGGACAGUGGAACAAUAACUUGAGCUGAGAUUUAUAUCCUAUAAUGAUUGGCCGGAGGUUGAUGUUGGGCGAAAGAGGGGUUGUUGUUGGGUGACAACGCUGGAUUAGUGUUUGUGUCUAUUGUUGCUACUACCCUUUGGUGGUUGUGGAGGGCUAGAAAUGAGGCUGUUUUCAAUCAGAAAAACUUUCCUCUUUUUUAUUUUUCAGAAAGUAGUAGCUUUAAUCUCGGCUAGUGGCGAGGCCAAAAGACAUGAUGGCAUUAUUGAAGGUAUACAUCGCCAGCAGGUUAGGUGGUCUAAAUCCCAAAAUGGAUGGGUGAAACUGAACUGUGAUUGAUCUGUUGGGUGUGAUCAGGUAGGCGAAUUGGGAUUUGUCCUAAGAGAUGACGCUGGUAAUGCUAUUGUUGAUGCAUGCAGGGUGCCGGAUAUCUUGUACUGUGAGGCUGCUGCGGUUAGUGAUGGACUCAAAACUGGCAGUGGUGGAUGGCUAUUUUUAGUUCAUGUGGAAUAUGAUUGAUAAAUCUUGGUGAAGAUUCUAUGGAAGAGGAACCCACCUCUCCUUGGGGGCUUUAGGCAAUUGUAAUGCAUGAUAUUUGGGGCCUUCUUCAAAGUUUUGAUGUAUUUGUGAUUUCCCAUAUAGAAGAUAGGGAGGGAAAUGAGGCAGCCAACCAGCUUGUCAAGAAUGUAAGGUCCACCAAAUCUUGUAGUAUUUGGAGAGGGGAGUGUCCCUCUCAGCAUGCCCAGUUUUUCUAUUUAUCUUACUUUUUGUAAUCGAAGAAGAGUUGCCAUCGUAAGUUUGAAACUAUUUGUAGCAAUUGUUUCAAUAUCUAGUGCUGCACCCAAACCAACUAUGUUAUUAUAGAACGAGCAACAUUCGAACCAUUAGCAUCUAUGUGCAUGGUGGUGGGAUUCUAUUCGAACAAGCAUAGUGGAAUCGUAUGAGGGUUCCACUAAUGGAUCGUUUCUCUUUUCCGAGUGAUCUAUUUAUUAGGUUUUUCUAUUUUUUUUUCUUAAUACAACACUUUAAACCGUCAACGUCAGGUGCAUAGUUGAGUCUUUUAUUGGAAAAAUCAUAGUGGAUACGUAUGAAGCAAAAUCCACUAGCAAAAGCACCGACCACCUCCGGUUCUCCUACCUGAGGUGGUUCUCCUACCUUUCACACUAGUGUGCAUUGUUUCUUAUUGUCUUUCUUCUGUGUGUUCAUGUGCAACAACAAGUUGUGUUUUGGAAAAGCAAGUCUUUUACUUCAUAUUACUGAAACUGUUAGAAUGUGUCUUAUUGGCCAACCAACCUACUCUAUUCCACAUGUGGCUCAAGUGCUCUAUCCACUAUCUUAGGGAAGCCCCAGGAGAAAAUAAAUGAUAGAAUAUGCCAACCUACUUCGGUUCCUCUAUUAUGUAUAUAAGGCGCUUGGGAUAGGCAUCAGACAAUCGAUCCGAUCCUUCUUCAUACGUGUGAUAGAAGAUCGUAGCGGUGACAAAAAUGAUCGCCGCGCUGACUGUUUCUUUUGUAAUUCUAUUGUUAGAAUUUUCUGUUCAAGCCCAAGGUGGGUUGCAGAAGGGGUUCUAUUCUUCCACCUGUCCCAGGGCGGAGGAAAUCGUGAGGUCAACUGUCGAGAAGUACUUCAACAGCGACUCCACUAUCGCCGCAGGCUUGCUGAGAUUGCACUUUCACGACUGUUUUGUGCAGGGUUGCGAUGGAUCAGUUUUGAUUUCCGGGGCUUCUGCGGAGCGAAGCGCGGUGCAAAACCUUGGGUUGAGAGGAUUCGAUGUUGUGGACGAUGCUAAAUCGGAGUUGGAGGCGACGUGCCCGGGAGUCGUCUCUUGUGCCGACGUACUUGCAUUAGCCGCUCGUGAUGCUGUGGAUCUGAGUGAUGGACCGAGCUGGUCGGUGCCGUUGGGAAGAAGAGAUGGUCUGGUUUCAUCAGCUUCGGAUGCCACGAGUUUACCGUCGCCGACCGAUUCCGUAGCUGUUCAGAGACAAAAGUUUGCUGACAAAGGCUUGACGGAUCAUGAUCUCGUAACGCUAGUUGGAGCGCAUACCAUUGGUCAAACGGCUUGUGUGUUCGUCCGGUAUCGGAUCUAUAACUUCACAGCCACCGGUAACGCUGAUCCUACAAUCAAUCAAGCCUUCUUGGGACAACUUCAAGCGAUCUGCCCCCAUGAUGAUGGCGAUUUUUCCAACCGAGUCGCCCUCGACAAAGGCAGCAUGACUAAGUUCGACGCGAGCUACUUUAAGAACGUGAGGGAUGGCAACGGAGUGCUGGAGUCGGACCAGAGACUCUGGGAAGAUGACGCAACCCACGACAUUGUCGGCAACUAUGCAGGAAACUUACGCGGCCUCUUGGGUCUGAGGUUUGCCUAUGAGUUUUCUAAGGCCAUGAUCAAGUUGAGCAGCGUUGGUGUCAAAACGGGGACAGAUGGACAGAUCAGAACGACAUGCUCAAAAUUCAAUUGACAAGUAUAUAUAUAUAUAUACACACACACUGAACUGAACAGAGACCGCUUUCAAAUGUCUGAAGAAAGUAUAGUGAAGAGGAGACUGGUCCCCGUUCGAGUGGGAUAUGAACUGGGUAGGUAUCAUAUUACAUGUUGACCAAUAAAUUUGUAUUAUAUUAAAACGAUAAUAAAUCAAGUUUCCCCUACUGAUGGAAUUCUACACUGAAUUCCAAUCAAA